UUCGACCACUAUGGAUUGUCAGAAGGAGAAGUGAUUGGUUUGACUGUGGCGAGUAGCGCCAUUUCAUCGAUAGGAACUGUUUCCAACUUGCUCCUCACCCUUGCUGUUCUUUCAACAAAGCAACUGCGAGAGAGCUUCACAGCAGUAUUGCUGAUCAGUCUGUCCGUGUGUGAUGCCCUCAUCUGCUCUGUUUACGUUCCCAUGUAUAUCUGGGAUAUCCAUCAUGGUGCUAGUACAACUUUCGAAAAUGCCAGGGGGGUAAUGGGCUUUUGUCUUUUCUUGGCAUCCUUGAACGGAGAGCUGAUCGUCUUUCUAGAGCGCUUCAUUUAUAUCCGUUUUCCAUACCACUACACCAAUUGGAUGUGCAAGAAGUAUAUCGCCGCCGCUACGUUCUGUAUUCAGUGGUUCAUUGCAGUAUCUCUCACCCUCCCUCUCGCGUUCACACGCACACCGUGGUACAACGUUUUCUACGUCGCAGUCCUCAUGGCAGCCAUCGUGAGUCUCCACUUAUACAUAUAUUGCUUUGCCAGGCAAGAGAGUCAAAAGAUUGCCCGUCAGUACCCCGCAGGGUCCCAGCGCCAAAGAAUGCCUGUAUUGAGCAAAUCAGCUACAACGGCUGCCAUGGCAGUGUUAGCAACAGUGUCGUGUUGGGCCCCCAUUGCCAUAUUGCCAGCGAUUGUGCCACCAUCUUCACCGUCUUUCAAGCGCUAUGUGAAAAUUGCCGCAUCUUUUACAUCCCUGAGCGCUGCAGUUCAUCCUUUCAUUUUCUGUUGGAAGCUGCAGUACUUUCGCAACGCGCUCGUUCAUUGUUUGCACAAACUCGUCAACGCUGUGAGAAGUGCCUGA